AUGGCGAGCGCGGGCGUGGCGGCGUGGGCGGUGCCUGGCGGACGGCGGCGCGGCGGAGGGCAGGCAAGCAGUGCGCGGACGGGUGGCUUGGCAGACCAUGACGGAAGACUUGGCAAGCGUGGCAAGUGUGGCAGCGGAACACGUCCGGCAACGGCGGGGGCGGUGCAGGGCGGCCGUCGGCUGGCCUCGUACUCGCCAGACCGAUACGCUGACUCGCCCGACAGCGGCGGCGGGCGGCGGGCGUACCCAGCGCGGGCCGGGAGCAGCAGCUGGCAGCGCGUAAGCGGGAAACCCGAGUCGUCGUCGCCGCUGACCAUCGCGCGACUGACUGGCGCGCGCGGUGCAUGGACUGUGGUUCCCGACCGUCCGGCGACGUCGCGCGGGGCGCGGGCAAGUCCCGAGGCGCGCAAGUCGUCGUUCGCUUCCCGGACCAGCAAGGCGCGGAAGAGCGGGAGCCGCACGGCAGAGAAUCGAAGCAGCAAGCGGGGCAAGAAGCAGCAAGCAGGCAAGGCGCCGCGGACCGAGCGAGGUUCACGGGCGCGGGCGCGGGCAGGCGCGGGCGCGAGUUUGUCUGCGCCAAUGGCGGCAUCGUUUGCGUUUGAACGGCGGCGGCGGGCAGUGGUUGCCGAGGCAAUGCGCGGGCUCGACGUUGAGCUCACUUCCAAGAGCGAUCCAAACUGCGGUGUGAUCUGGCUGGACCGAGCCGGGACGACAGAGCGGCUGGCGCGGCUGGCGGAGCACCAGAAGAUGAACCGGCUGCCGGGCCUGGCGGCACUGACGCGCAAGGGUCAGUUCUCGGCGUAUAUGCACCGGGCCAAGCUUGCCGAGCCGGAGGCGUACGACUUUUAUCCGCGUUCUUGGUCGCUGCCCGACGAGCGUGAUGAAUGCAUCGAGUACAUGGACACGUACGGCGAGGCAAUGAUCUGCAAGCCGUCGGGGGGGUCUUGCGGGCGCGGUAUUUUCCUGGCAACGACGCCGGGCGAGCUGCCGACCGACAUUGGCGACAUGGUGGCGCAAGAGUACAUCGACAAUCCGCUGCUGCUCUGCGGGCUCAAGUGGGACCUCCGGAUCUACGUCUUAGUGACAAGCGUUGACCCGCUCUCGGUCUUUCUCUAUCGGGAGGGCCUCGCCCGGUUUGCCACCACGCCCUACGAGGCGCCGAGCGCCAGCAACGCCAGCAAGGCCUUUAUGCAUCUCACCAACUUUUCAGUCAACCGCCACUCGGCGCGGUUUGUGGACGAGGAGACUGGCGCUGACGAGUUUGGCGAGGACGAGGACGGCGACGAGUCCGAGUCGGAGCGCGGGAGCAGCCCCGGAGCCACCAAGCGGCUAAUGACAACGCUUUUUGACGAGCUCGAGGAUCUCGGGCACGAUGUCGACUUGCUGUGGUGGCAGAUCAAGGCCAUUGUGGGCAAGACGCUCCAUGCGCUCCACACACCUCUCAAGACCCAGUACCGGGCGGUGGUCGCGCCCGAGGCAGACGGCUCGCACUGCUUUCACGUUCUUGGCUUUGACAUCAUGGUCGACGACGAGCUCAAUCCAUGGCUUCUUGAGGUGAAUCACUCGCCAUCGCUGCAGUGUUCGAUGGAUGUCGAUUGGGACGUGAAGCUGCCGAUGCUUGAGGACGCGUUCAAGCUGCUCAACAUUGGCCCGCCGUCGCGGUCGGCCUCGCUCGCGGCGGCGCGCGAGGCCAUUGCCGGGAGUAGCUCGUCGGCGACGGCGCUGCGGCGGGCGCAGUAUCGGGCACGGGUCAAGCGCAUGUACGAGGACGGCCACGUCGGCAACUGGGAGCGGGUCUGCCCGCCGACGCCUGCCGAAGUUGCCGAGUACUCGCACUCGUCUGUGUUUGGCAGCGCCAAGCUCGCGCACGCCUUCCGGUCGUGCUGCUGGAAGCGGUUCCUAGCCGACCGAUAUCCGAUGGGCUCGCAGAACUUCAAGAAGCUGCUUCGGUCGGCAGACGUGCUCUCGCGGCGGUUCACCUCGAUGGACGCCGACCUGCUCUUCAUGCAGAUCAACAUGGAAGAGGGAUCCGGAACGCACCGGAUAUCGUUUGGUGGCCUUUGCGAAGCGCUCAUCGAGGUCGCGCUCCGGGUCUUCCCCGACAUGCCGCUGCCGCAGGCACUGAAGGCGCUGGUGGCGCGGCUCCCCGAGCCAGAGCACCCGCCCCACGCGCCAGCCUGCUGCGACGUGGCGCUGCCGGUGACCCGCAACCUGCCCCGGAGCCGCGAGUCUGCCCGGACUCGAGCGAGCAAAGAUUGAUGCGGAGAGCUUGAUCCAACCGGCUCCCGGCCGCCAAAGAGUUUCGUAAAAGACUGCCGCUGGU